GAACACGCACAUACGUAAAUACAGCGUGUGGGAGAAGAUGCGAAAGUGUGUUCAUUCAUUCACAGACAACACCAACUUAGUCUCUAAAGAAAAUUCACCAUGUAUUUCUUUUGUUAAAAGAGAAAGUUAGCUUACAGAUUUAGGCUACUUCCAUGCAAACAUUGAAUCCCGCGUGAGUUCUUUCACACAUACACACACAUGCAGAACCGCAGUGCACGUAAAGGGGAGAAAAAAUCGCUUUGUGAGAUGUUUCAGCGUCUUUAGCAGCGGCUUGAUGUUUAAAACCGCUACAAACACUCAUAAAAGUAGGCUCAUGUAAUAUUUAUAGCUCCAGAGUUGUGUACUGCUGCUUUGGGUACGAACGGAGUGGAUUGACGCGCGCGCUAAAGCAAGCCGCAUGUGAUUUCCAGCUUCAGUCAUCUUGGCAGCACGAUGCGAGAGAGAGGCAGAGCCCGACUCGAAGCUGCGAAACUGGACCCUCUGCCAGAGAUGUCGACGGAGAGGAAUCCCUGAAACCGCCCCGCUUCUUGUUUUUCUCCAGGAAAUAUGUACAAAUGUGGUUUUGUGUGCGAGUGCGGACUGUUAUCCUCUCGGUUUUUCCUUUUUUUACACUGCACAGAGUGAUAGUGGACCAGGAUGCCGUGUGGGCGAUGCUGCCACAAGGGAUACAUUGUGAUUUUCGCAGAGAUGUUUUAGCAAGCGUUGCAUAAAUUAGAAUAAGACGAGCCGUCACAUGAGGGAUUGGAGUCAAAAGGGAUCUAAUAAGACUUCGCCACCUGUUACUAGAAAUAUCAGUGAGCAGACAUCACCAGGAGUAAGCCUCACAACUCGAUAGCCUCAUCCUGCUCUUCAGCAUCACCUCCUCUGGGAAUAAUCGUGCUACACCUAUAACCAGCCAGGAGAGGUAACAACACCACCCCCAGUCUGACAGCCAUGAUUCGGGGAGGCCUUCUUCUAAGACGGCUCGGCUCAAGGGUCAUCUCGCUGCUUGAUGGCUAGAUCUCAGCGUGCACAGAGCUGGGGGCCUUUCUACUGAAUAUCCCUCACUGCGUAGUAGCACAUGGAUUUCAAGACUUCAAAUGAAGAGACAAAGACUGGGAUUUAUUUGAUGCAAGAAGGUAAUGAAGAACCGUUCAAUAUUCGACUACACUUGGCCAAAGAUAUUCUGACGAUUCAAGAACAAGAUGUCAUCUGCGUGUCAGGAGAGCCUUUUUACUCGAGUGAGAGGACUGUAACGAUCAGGAGGCAGACUAUCGGAGGGUUCGGCCUGAGCAUCAAGGGUGGAGCUGAGCAUAAAAUCCCUGUUGUGAUAUCAAAAAUAUCAAAAGAACAAAAAGCUGAACUCUCUGGGCUGCUUUUCAUUGGAGAUGGCAUCCUUCAGAUAAAUGGAAUAAACGUUAGAAGUUAUCGCCACGAGGAAGUGGUCCAGGUUUUAAGAAACGCAGGCGAAGAGGUGACGCUCACCGUCUCCUUCUUGAAGAAGACUCCAGCCUUCCUGAAACUGCCCCUGUGUGAGGACUGCACUUGUAUCCCCAGUGACCAGAGUAGUGGGACUUCGUCUCCUCUCUGCGAUAGCGGCCUGCACUUGAACUACCAUCCCAACAACACGGACACGCUGUCCUGCUCAUCUUGGCCCACGUCCCCCGGGCUGCGCUGGGAGAAGAGAUGGGUGGACCUGCGCCUUAUUCCGCUUCUACACUCCCGCCUGUCGCAGUACAUGCCGGGCUCUGACGCCUGCAGGAAAAAUGCUUUCCAGGUCAUAGCUGUAGAUGGAGUUUGCAGUGGAGUUAUACAGUUUUCUGCUCCUGAGGACUGUUUGGAGUGGCUUCAGGCGAUAGCAGGGAAUAUUUCCAGCCUCACCAAGCACAAUGUCAAGAAGAUUAACCGAAACUUUCCAGUUAACCAGCAGAUUAUCUACAUGGGCUGGGUGGAUGAGAAGGAGCAGGACUCUGUUCAGGACCGAAUGUAUUCACCAAAGUUCCUCGCUUUGAGGGGUUCCUCACUCUUCAAGUUUUCAGCACCUCCUGUAACAACAUGGGACUGGACCAGGGCAGAGAAAAGCUUUACUGUGUAUGAGAUCAUGUGCAAGAUCUUAAAGGAUAAUGACCUUCUGGACAAGAGGAAGCACUGCUUCAGUGUCCAGACAGAGACGGGGGAGGACUUGUUCUUCAGCGUGGAACUAGAGUGUGAGCUGCUGACCUGGGAAAAGGCUUUUCAAAUGGCUACUUUCCUGGAGGUGGAGCGGAUACAGUGUAAAACGUAUGCCUGUAUCAUGGAGAGCCACCUCAUGGGACUUACAGUUGACUUCAGCAUGGGCUUUGUGUGCUUUGAUGCAGCUUCAAAGGCGGUGCUGUGGAGAUAUAAGUUCUCCCAGUUGAAAGGAUCAUCUGAUGAUGGAAAAAGCAAGAUCAAGUUUUUAUUCCAAAACCAAGACUCCAAAUCCAUUGAAGCGAAGGAGUUGGAGUUUUCAAACCUCUUUGCUGUGCUUCAUUGUAUUCACGCUUUUUUUGCUGCCAAAGUUGCGUGCCUGGACCCCAUGUUUGUGGAGAGUCAAGGCACUGCGACUACCACCGGGUUUCCUUCUCUCUCCACUAUCUCCUGUAAUUCACAGACACCUAAACUCAAAUACGCCACUUGACAGGCACUACUCUCCCCACACCCCCUCUAAAAGGACGCUGCACUUAGCAGAGACAGUGGCCAAAGUCGGUGGAGGAAAAAUGUUCAAAAUAUAACACUAUGGAGGACAGCUGUAUUCAGUGGUGGAAUAAAAGACCUCUCUCAAAGUGAUAUACUUGAUACCCUAAAAGACAUUCCAGAUUCCUGGAAUAACUGUGGACCUAUACACAGACCUCUACUCUCUCUAAAAGACACUAUGGACACAAAAUGUGCAAAUUUUUAAGUGAAUUUGUUCUUCCCUUGAUCCUCGGACAGCCCUAUAAUCAACACAUCACAAAGAAAAGGCAUUUUUUUCCCUCUUUAUGUAAUUUUAGUCAAGACUUGAGAGUUGAAACAAAAGAUUUUAUUCUUUUUGUGCCACAUUAUGUUAUAAACAUCUGCAAAGAUUUAUCUGGACCCUGGUUAUGAUGACUUAGUGCGAUGAUGCUUUAUAUCGUUUAUUGUGUGUUCUUGAGGUGAAACUUUUACCUACAUUUAUAAACCAAUCAGCAUUAUAACUUUCUACUUUCACUUGCGUCCAAUUAAAAAUAAAAGGCAGCAUCAAUAUGUUUAUUAACCCAAAUUUUCAAUACAAGUUCAACAGAAGCACUGGUGGGUGGAUAUACAGAGCAACCUCGUAUAUUUUUCUCUCUAUAUGAUGUAUACUCACAUGUCAGAAUAACUAUUACAGGACAGAAAUGUUGUAUGAAAGUGUACUUUUUACAGUAUGGAUGAGGAGUGACAUUUUAUAAACACCGCCCACACAGUUGUAAUCAGACAAAACCACACUAAACAUGAUUAGAAACACCUUCAUCAUGUUUAUAGCAUUUUUUCUCCCAAACUUAAUUAUGUAAAUAAACACUGACAUUGAAAUGAACUCAAAGAAUGAUGAAUUACAGCGAUUACUUGAGGGAUUACUUGUAGGGAUUAUGGCAUUUGUUAAUUUGAUGUGCACCAGAGAUGACUAGGUAGAUAGCUCAUAACCUUGUGCUCUUUUCAACAUUUACUCUAUGGACCAAUUUAGAGGAAUGAAAUCAGCUAUGGUGUAUUUUUGGAAUAUUUUAUCUGUUCUGACUUCUGCUUGUAAAUAUGAAGAAUAACUUUUCAUUGACAAUGAAAAAAACACACCAGGAGGGGGGAUUGAAAUAUGUAGCGUCAUGCCCUCCAAAGGUUUGGGAUGCCUUUUUAAACCGUUAAACUGUUUGCACAUGCAGCAGAGUGACAACUAAACUAUCAUUUUCAAAUAGAGUUCAGGUCAAUUAGUGUAAUUAGUCAUGCUCUUACUUCCCAUUUACACAGUCCAAUCCAAACAGAGGAGACCCAUGGGUAAGUAAACUCUGGAGGAUAGUAAAUUAAACGGGGUCAGUGCGGUGCUCGGUUCUGUGUGGGGCUUGUUAAGCUAACGUGUGUCUGAGGGAGACUAAUGGCGGUGUGGUCUAUGCAAAGAAAGUCUAAGUGAUGCUUUAGUGCUUUAAAAUUAUCCAGUUCACCUGCCCUGAUAACACAGGAUCUAAAGAGUGAGGUUUAUUUUAUUUUU